AUGCAUAACUGCUUUAACACUACUAUGAGACUUUAUCUUUGUCCUAGAGCAAAAUUACCUUCCCAAUCAGUCUGUAAUAGAUUAGAGGCGUUAAUUUAUUACCCAUCAGAACUCAUUUUAGCUGAAGCAGCAUUGGUAACUUUGCAAAAUGACUAUUACCAAAAAGCUGCAAUAACAGUAUUGAAUAAUACAAUUUCUACAGGUGGAAUAGUUAAUGCUGGUGAAAAAUUGGACAGCUGUAAUCAAAAUGUAUAUGAUGAUGUUGGUAGAAAAUUAGAAAUAGGCUAUAUUUUGAGUAAAUAUUCUUAA